AAACUAAAAUGCAUUUAAAAAUAAUUACUUCAGUAAUUUUUAUCAACUCAUCCCGAUUAAACAAAAAUAACUUUAAAGUUGGUUGCUGCAGCUGGGACUAUUUUUUACUCCAUGUUGGCGCAGGAUAAACGUAAAGACCGAACUACUUUUCUUCGGAACCUUUUUUAAAAUACAUUUUUUUAGUCGAUUUAAUAACAAUAUUCUCCAUAUGUCUUAGAUGACUAAUGCGCAUAUAUACACUUUAAGAGUUUAUUAAUUUUUUUUACGUAAAAUUAAAACGACGACCUAUGACCUAAUGUCGUCACCAAAGAAGUGAGCGCGCGACUGUCAAAAUAUCAACAGGACCCGUUUGGUUGAUUAGUCUGUUAACGUGAAACUUUAUUAACUUCCUCUGUCUCUUUAUUUCUAAAUAUUUUGCUGGAGCUGGUCACUCAUACUCGCACAUAACUGCGCGAUGGGUACAAAGGUGAUAUCUAGUGCUAAGGAGUUUUUCAACAUCCUUCGAUCUCUACAGGACGAGAAAGGCAGUGAUCCGUAUAUAUUUGAGGAGGACAUCCAAAUAUUGAAGAUGAAUGGAGACAGAAUUCCGGUGGUGAAUAUGUACUGUGGCAACCAGACCAUCUUUGUCUGUGAAAAAGCUGUGCCGAAAAUAAGUGAAUCAGAGGAUCCACAAAUCACUGAGACGUCAAACUGUGCAGCAGAUGAUAGUGAUGCAGCUGAUGAUGAUGUCGUCAAUGUGGUCCCCGCACAACUGGGACCACAGCCUCUUACAAUCAUGAAAGCAAGACAGUUGCUGUCUUGGUACACAUUAUCUCUAAACCCUAGUGUGUCAGCUGUGGACAACAUCCCUGCCUUACAGCCUCUGUGGGUUCGAUGUGACAUGUCUGACCCUGCUGGAACGACCUGGUUUGGGGCUGAAACCAUUUGCAUGGGAAAUAAAGUCACUGGCGUCAAAUUAUACUCUACUACCUGCAAAGGUUCAUCUGUGGACAAAAGAUCUCUCUUAACCUUAGAGGAGCUGAAACAAGAACACAAAAAAAGGCAUCACUCUCCCGCAACGGGCAUUAAAGGCAGUGCCAGAUUCAACUUGUUUGGCUCCACUGUUGUUGAAAACACCACAAUCGAGUCACAGAAUAGUGUGUCCGUGGAUUUCAAAUGGAGCCACGUGGAGAGUAUCCUCGAGAUCCCGCCCCUUUCCUCUACAGCAACACUAAAUAUCAAAGUUUCCAGUGGAGACAUGAGAAGUCCAAUGUUUGAGAUGUACAGGGAGCUAGAGUUUCUUCAGACUCUUGCUGAUGGUUUGAGAACUGGUGAAACUGAAUGGAUGGAACCCGCGGAAAGCACGUCAGCUGUAAACCUGACCAAGGCCUACUUAGAAGAGCUUCGGGGAAGUGCAAAAACACCACAGGAUCAGGCUGCAAAAACAGCUGAGACCACAAAGCAGGAGUCCGAGACCGACACGCCCAUUUUCAACUCUUUCUUGGAAAGAGGGGAUUUGGAUUUUGUGGAGCAGCUGUGGGUUCGGAUGAGAAAAAGCGUGACUUCAUAUCAGGACAUUGGCGACUGCCUCAAGUUGGUCACUGAAGCUCUAAGAUAUGGCGACAUCAAGCCCUGGAUUCACAGAGACAGCAACAGCUCCCUCAGCAAGCUCAUUCUGCAGUCCUACCACCAGCAGAUCGAUCACGUGUCUCUUACAGGUGUCACCCCUGUCAAAAUGCUGCUGGAGAUGGGUCUGGACAAGAUGAGAAAAGAUUAUAUUAACUACUUGAUUGGUGAAGAAUUGACAACUCUAAACCACUUGUGUUAUUACCUGAGCACAGAGGUCGAUCUCCAGGAGCAAGUGAUCCGACUCAGAAAACUGCACCAUCUGCUGGAAAUUAUUUUGACCUGCAGUAUAUUCCUGGGUUUGCCCUACGACCGACUCUUCCUUCUCACGCAAUCAUGUUUGCAACACUACAAAACCUCACCGUAUGACGAGGAGCAUGAAUUUAAGCUUCAAAUCAAACCUGCUCUGAUCAGCCACUUCUACCAGAAAGAGCAUCCAGUAAUGUGGGGUGUUGAGGUGUCCAGUGGCCACGGGCCUCGUGAGGUCAGGACAUCCUUACAGCUCAGUGACAGACCGCUGGUUGAUCACGUCAUCUUCGAAACAGAUCACCCAAAUGAAACAGUAAAUGGAGUGGACAGUGAUGAACCCGCCUUCUUCUCCACCAUGGUGUGCUGCAGCCUCGUCAACUUUGCAUGAGUUCAGAAAGUGCACAUCUAACUAACCAACACACAGUGUGUCUUCAUAUUUGAUAUCAACAUGCCUUUAUAUAUAAGAACCUGCAUCAACGCCUACAGUGACUUGUAGGGGCCUUUGUGUUAUAUUCUGUUUUCAGUCCUUUGCAGAUAUUUUGCAAAGGACUAGUAGCCACAUUUUAUUGUUACAUUUGUUGCUCAAGAUGGUCGUUGAAAUUUCUAAGGAGUUUCGUGCCGACAACAGUUUUAUGCAAAUAAAAACACAAAGUACAGUCGUACGUCAUAAGGACUGUUUGCAAUGGCAGCAUUCCACAGCAGUGUUUUAAUAACAUGUUGCAGAGGAAUCCACAGUGUUUAAGUGCCUGCUGCUAAAUGUAUCAUUAUAAACCAGUCAUUUUACAGCUAACACCAUAGGCACACCAAAUGAAUGAAGUCAGUAAUUCUCUUCAGUUUACACAAUAAAUGUAUAUUCACACAUGAUCCAUUAAAGAAAUGAAUGCAUUGUGAGUGCA